GUGCAACUGUAUGCAGUCAUUUGAUUUUCGUCGUGUACGAACUGGUGGUCGUUGCAUUGUAAAUGGAAGGAAAGAAAAUGUGCUCUGCCCCUGGUUGCUUGUCAUCCAGUGGGCAGAAGGAAACGAAAUUCUUCAACUUUCCCAGGGAUUCAGCACGGGCUCUGGUAUGGGCAGGAAGAGUUGGUAUAUCCUGCACUAUUGAUUCUGCAAGAAUGCUGCACAAUAAGUAUUUGUGCAGCAGACAUUUCUUAGAAAGUGAUUUCACUACAGCUGAAAGGGUACACCUGAACAGUGAGGCAGUUCCAUGUGGCUCAGAUUCUGCUGCACAGUCACUUCGACAACCUCCUGAACCUUCAUUACACAUCCCUUCCUUCGAUCCCUUGCCCUUAGUUUCGUCUCCUGAAGAUGACCUUCAUGGCUUACCUCCCACCAUAACCUACAGCAAGAUACUGGUGCCCUCUACUGUAACACCUGUUCCAAUCCAUGCAGACAGUCCUUCCACUUCCUUUCAGAUGUCUGCAGUCCAGCCAUCACCAACAGCAGCCAACACCUUUGCAGUGAAAGAAACCUCUUUUCCCCCAAGCUCUGUAAAUGUAAGCGCUUCUGAUGGGGAACUCGGGCAUGUCAGUCGUCAAAGUUCUUCCUCAAAGCCUAGAGCAAAGCAUUCUCUGCUAAAACUUAAUUUGGCUUCGCAUUCAGAAUUGACACCCAGGAAAAGGAAAUUAUAUGAACUUAUUCGGAAUAAUGAGAGUGCACUUUGCAGACUCAAAAAGAAGUAUAAGGGAAUGGAUUUGGAAGAGCUUUGUGAAGUGGUCAAUGAUCCACUGAUGAAGAAUCUUUCAUCUUCUUUCAGUUUAGAGGCUGCCACAUUUUUGGCAGCAAUGUUUAGGAACUGUAGACAGAUGCCUAAGGGCAAGAGAUGGACUUUUGAUGACAAAGUGUUGGCUCUAUCUCUCCUUAAACGUUUUCCCAAAUCCUAUAUCCUUCUCCGUACAUUAUUCCCUCUCCCAUCCAGAGGAUCCUUGCUGUCCAUGCUGAAUACUGUUCCAUUUAGGACAGGCAUCAAUGCUCAUGUGUUUCAUGCACUCCAACAGUCUCUGCAGAAAAUGUCUGAUGGAAAUCACUACUGUUGUCUCAUGUUUGAUGAAAUGUCAAUCAGAGAGAACUUACAUUUCAAUCAGAAGUUUGACUGCAUUGAAGGUUUCGAGGAUUGUGGAAGUUGGGGCAGGACAUGCAACAUCGCAAAUCAUGCUCUAGUUUUCAUGAUCCGUGGCCUACGUAGAGAGUGGAAGCAGCCAGUGGCUUACUACUUUACUCGUGGAAGCACUAAGGCAGAGGUGAUUGUGCAAUGCUUGGAGGAGGUUCUUGACGCCUGUCAGAACAUUGGACUGAAGGUUGUUACCACUGUCUGUGACAUGGGUGCUAACAACGUCAAGGCCUUGAAACUGUUGGGUGCUACUAAAAGGAAACCACUCUUCAGAUUUCAUAAUCAAGAAAUUGCAACAGUAUACGACCCUUCCCACCUCCUGAAGUCUACCCGUAACCUAUUCCUGAAACAUGAUGUGCAGUUUAAGUCUGAGCUUUUGGACAGCCAACUUCCUCUUAUUGCUAAGUGGGACCACAUAUUGAAACUGUAUGAAUUUGACAGAUCCAUACCGAUUCGUCGGUUGAUCAAAUUCACAGAUGCCAACCUGAACCCGACUGGACAGAGCGCUAUGAAAGUGCAGUUGGCUGCACAUGUUAUGAGCCAUACUGUUGCAGCAGGCCUCAAUGCUCUAGUGGAUACAGGUUAUUUUGGCAGUGAAUACAUGGCAACAGCUGUGUUUGUUAAGGAGGUUGACAACCUCAUUGACAGUUUCAAUAGUGGAAUGCGGGUUAGACCAGAAAAAACACUGCGUUACCCACUUAGUGAUAAGAGUCCCCAUAUAAAGCACUGGAAAAAGGCAAGUAUGGGGAUAAAGAGUUGGAUCUUCCUCAAGGAUGGUAAACCUGCCUUCCUUCAUCCUCCUCCUUCACAGAAUGGGUGGCUAGUUGACAUCACUGCUGCCCAGCAUGUGUGGAGGACAUUGAAAAAGGCAGGUUUUGAGUACUUUCACACCAAAAACCUGAAUCAGGAUCCCCUUGAGAACACAUUUGGGGCCAUUCGUUCGUGCUGUGGUUCGAACAAUGACCCAACUGUGGGACAGUUUGUAGAUGCCCUGAAGACUAGCAUCAUCAGUGGCUUUGAUGUUGUAGGUGUGUGUGAAAGUAAUUGUGAGGAUGAUGGUGCUGCUCUUCUGGAUAACCUACAAUCGUUCCUCAGGGAACCUGAUGCUGCUUCACAAAAACCUUCCACAAGUCAUGGCAAGGAAACCUCUGAUGAUGUUCCUGAGAGUUUCCAUGUUGCUCAGCAACUACACAAGGACAUUGGUGCUACAGUAGAUGCUGGUAACAUGAAAGUGUUCUCAGUGGCCUAUGUCAGUGGUUCCAUUGCCAGACAGGUGCUUCAUGGUGUCAGCUGUGAUGCAUGCAAGACAUGCCUGACAUCCGAGGUGCUGCCAUCAGCCAGUGUCUUCAUACAUUUCAAGGAGUGCAGUGACACAGAACAGUCUCUCACAUGUCCUUCUGAGAAGCUUGUGGAGACUGUUGGUGUUGCUGUAACCCUAAUGGAGUCUAUGAUGGCAGAGGUGGCCCACUUGAAUUCAGUGGAGCAGCAUAUCACAGCUGCCAUUAUGAAGAGCAUAGACUUUGAAUGGAUUAGGUGUACUGGCUGUUCACUUCACUACCAACGAAUAGUAGAUGGUAUUGUGAGAUGUCUCACAAGAAUUUACAUUCCUUGGUGGUGUAAGCGAGCAAACAGGUUGAUGACUGAAGCAGCCAGGCAGAGGGCCACAAAGAGGAAGAUGGAAAUCCUGUCACAUCAAUAAGUCAUUAGGAAAGUAAUGCUUCUUCAUUUUUGCAAUGUAUCGUCCUGCCCAUACCAGAUGCUGGAAGUUGGUAGAAAAUAGUUUGGGAGAAUAUCUGUGCCAACUACUCACAUGAGCAUCGUUAGAGAAGUUGGAAUUAGUAACCCUGGUGACUAGCAAGUGCAGUGCAGCAACAGAAACUACCAUGCAUUUACAUGCCUUCUUUUCUCAAACCUCUUGGCAUUGCAUACUUUGUUGAUAAUGUCAUUGUCAUGUACCUCAGAGAUUAUGUACAAGAAACCUAUUGUGAAUUUGAGAACCAUCUCUUCACUGCUUUGCAGACGUUUCUUUCAUCUAAUCUUAUUAGAACUUGGCUUUCAGAAGACGGUCAGAGUUCAGUCUGCUCUUUAUCUUGGAGUGAUUAUAUUUCUGUUCAGAAAUGUAAAGGAAAUUGUUUCCUGACGCACAUUGUUUUAGUUCACAUAUAGGUAAGAAUGAAGUGGCAUUACUUUAUAAUGACUUGAAAUGUUCCGGUUAUCUGCUUCAGCUUGAAACACUGAGGAGCAGAACCAAUAGCAGGACUCACUGUGUAUUUUGUACUUAAAGUUUAUUAUAUAUUUCGUAGGUAAGAAGUUGUAGUUAAUAGUGUUUAUAUACUACAGUCAGCUAUUAUUUUGGGUAUAUUAUUCAGCUGUUUUAUUAUUAUGGAUAUAUUCCUUCAAUUAUUAUAUUGGCCAUAUUAUUCUGUUCAGUAUUCAACUUUUGAAUAUGUAUAUAUAUUUUCAGUUUUCAAGAUUCAUUAUAUUCAAUUAUUAUUUUGGCCAUAUUAUUCUGUUCAGUAUUGAACAUAGAAACAUGAGAAUAAGGUUUGGCAUAAUUUGCAGUUAUUCAUUUUUAUAUAUUAUUAAAUUCAAUCUUAAUAUUGAUAGCAAGAGUGUAGUUCAGAUUCUCGAGUUUCAUCUCACCACAGAAAUUAAUAAUGAAUGGAAACCUCAGUAAUGUAACUUGCUCUACAUGAUUUAUAAUACAUAGAUAAGUUCACAGUCAUGUUAAAUAAUGAAUUAUGGGAAGAAAUUUGUUUGGAAAAGAAUGUAAAUGAACCAUAUCUACUACUUAUAAAUAAGUUUUUAUAUUAUUUUAGUAGAUAAUUUCCAUUGAAACAAAGAAUGAAGAGAGAGAUUAAGAAUAAUUAAUGGAUAUCUAGAGGAAUAGAAGUUUCAUGUCAGAAAAUGAGGUUUUUAAAUAAUCUAAAGUAUAGGAUGUCACUGUCAAGGGUUGCAUUGAGUUAUAUUAACAGAUAUCACAGAAUUUAUAAAAGAGUUAUGUUAGGAGCUAAAAAGAGAAUGGCAAACAAAUGGUAAGUGCUUCAAACCCAACUAAAAUGAUGUGGCAGUUAAUAAAACAGAAAUCAUAUCGGGAUAUUUGGUUACAAAAUAAUUUAAAGAAAGUAACUGACCCUCAGAAGGUGGCCGAUAUAUUAUAUUCAUACUUUAUUGAUAAGGUAGAAGAACUAGUGGAGGAAAAUAGGAGUAAAGGUAGUGGUAGAUCACUACGAAGAGUAGUGGACUGCAACCCAAGCUCUAUGUAUUUUCCGAUUUCUGAACAAGAAAUUGUUACAGUAGUAUCCGGAUUAAAAGACUAAGGUUCUGCAGGAUUUGAUGAAAUUCCUGUUUUUCUAGUAGAAGCGUGUAGUACAUGUAUAAAAGAACCACUUAAUUUCAUAUUUAAUCCAUAAAUCAGGGUGUAUUUCCAGAUUUAUUGAAGACUGAAAAAAUUAGGCCUGUUUAUAAAAAGGGUAAUAGACAUGAAAUUAGUAAUUACAGACCUAUAUCUGUUAUAUCUAUAUUCUCAAAAAUAAAAAAAAAGUGUAUAACAGAUUUGGUUAAUAUUUUAUCUCUCACUGCGUUCUCAGUAUGUAGGAAUAACCUCUAAUGACAAUAGGUAUUCUGUGAACAGGUACAAUUCUACACUGAGGAAUGUAAAACUCGAAAUACCCCAAGGGUCUAUUUGGGUCCACUCCAAUUUUUAUUAUUAUAAAUGAUUUACUCCAUCACACAUCAAAUGGAGAAGUGGUUCUUUUUGCAGAUUAUACCAAUAUACUGGUAAUAGAUAAGAAUAAAUUUACGCUCCCAAGAAAGAAUAAAAAGAGUGAUGAUCCAACCAGAAUCUUGGUUUUCAAAAAAUAACUUGGUUAUAAAUGCUGAUAAGACCAAAGCAACGCUAUUCCAAUUAAAUAAACCAUAUGACAUACCAGAGUCAGUUAUCAUUUUCAAAAAUAUAAAAAUUAUUAUAUACCACAGUUCAGAUUUUUAGAUAUAAAUGUAUCACAUAAUCUAAAAUGGAGCUCACAUACUCAGUCCUUGUGAUUAUAAUUGAAUAAGGCAUAUUACAUUAUUAAAUCUUGAAAGUUGCUGUGAGUUUAUAUAUACUUUGCCAAAUUUCAAUCAUUGGUUUGAUUUUUUGGGGUGGAGAAAGCGAAAAUAGUAAAGAACUGGAAAUACAAAAAAGGAUACUUCGCUUAAUGAAAGCUGUAAAUAGCAGAACAUCGUGCAGACUUAUUUUUAAGGAAUAAGUCUUUAUCUCUCUGUAUAUCUUUGAGGUGUUGUGCUGUUUUAUUAUUCUAUGAGAAAUUCAGAUUUAUGUGACUAUAAUACUAGAAGGAAAGAUGAUUUCCAUGUGCCAAAUUGUAACAAAUCAGCUUUUUAGAAAAGAGUUAUCAAUAUGGGUAUUAAAUUGUAUAAUAGACUGCCUUUUGAAUUAAGAAACUCAGAUGGAUAUAAAGACUUUAAACAUAAGCUAAAAGUAUUUUUACUCGAUCAUCCAUUCUGUGCAUUGUACGAAUUUCUCUUAGAGGGACAGUAGUAAGCAUAGCAAAACCUCUAUUCAGCAAUUGAAAUGGAUAACAAAUGGUUGCUUAUAGUAUCUUAAUGUGAUCAGUGAUUGACAUGGUCAUAUAUAGGACACUUGAUUUACUGUAACACUCAAGGCUGCGCCAUAGAUCAAGUGGUUAGUCGCUGGCUUCCUACCGUGGCAGCCCAGGUUCAAUCCUGGGUCUGGUCAAGUGGGAUUUGU